UACGGACGUAAUACGCCUCUCCCUUCGCCCUCUCCACCGGGUCUCCUCGAAUUCUGUGGUCGCGACCAUGAACGUGGUGGACUCGCGGGAAUGGCAGCCGCCCUGCCCCAAGAAGGGAUCUUGAGGUGGCGCGAGGAGGACUGAUCUGUUCUCGUUUGCUUGUCGUUGGGCUUUGGGAGGGAGGGAAGGGAAGGGAAGGGAUGGCCGCCGUCGGGCGUACGAGGGUGGGGAAGUACGAGCUCGGUCGGACGCUCGGGGAGGGCACCUUCGCCAAGGUGAAGUUCGCGAAGAACCUCGAGACGGGGGAGAACGUGGCCAUCAAGAUCUUCGACAAAGACAAGAUCCUGCGGCAUAAGAUGGUCGGCCAGAUAAAACGGGAAAUCUCAACCAUGAAACUGGUUAGACAUCCGAAUGUGGUACGGAUGUAUGAGGUCAUGGCCAGCAAGACGAAGAUAUACAUGGUUUUGGAAUUUAUAACUGGGGGUGAACUCUUUGACAGAAUUGCUCGUAAUGGAAAAUUGAAGGAGGAUGAAGCUAGAAAGUACUUUCAACAGCUGAUUGAUGCUGUAGAUUACUGUCAUAGUAGAGGUGUCUUCCAUCGAGAUCUGAAGCCCGAGAAUCUGUUGUUGGACUCCAAUGGUGUUCUUAAGAUCUCAGAUUUCGGGCUCAGUGCAUUACCUCAACAAGUUCGUGAGGAUGGCUUACUUUACACAACAUGUGGUACUCCAAAUUACGUUGCCCCUGAGGUGGUCAAAGACAAAGGUUAUGAUGGGGCCAGGGCAGAUAUAUGGUCAUGUGGUGUGAUCCUUUUUGUCCUUAUGGCAGGUUAUUUGCCUUUUGAAGAUUCCAAUCUAAUGUCAUUAUAUAAAAAGAUCUUCAAAGCAGAUUUCACUUGUCCGUCUUGGUUCUCUACGAGUGUGAAGAAACUUAUCAAGAGAAUUUUAGAUCCUAAACCCCAAACUCGCAUCACGAUUCCAGAAAUCAUUGAGAAUGAAUGGUUUAAGAAGGGAUAUCAGCCACCACACUUUGAAACAGCAGAGGUUAAUCUUGAUGAUGUCGAUGCGAUCUUCAGUGAGUCGGGGGAUGCAACAAAUCUUGUCAUCGAGAGACGAGAUGAAAAGCCAGUUCCAAUGAAUGCUUUUGAUCUUAUCUCUACUUCACAGGGGCUCAAUCUUGGCACCCUUUUUGAGAAGCAAAUGGGCCUAGUCAAGCGGGAAACAAGGUUUACAUCGAAACUCCCUGCGAAUGAGAUUCUUUCUAAAAUCGAAGAAGCAGCUAAACCACUGGGUUUCGAAGCAAGAAAACAGAACUACAAGCUAAAACUACAAGGGGAAAAAUCUGGAAGGAAAGGGCACUUAGCCAUUGCAAGUGAGGUUUUUGAAGUGGCACCCUCACUGCAUGUGGUAGAACUUCGCAAAUCUAAGGGAGACACACUUGAAUUUCACAAGUUUUACAAAAGCCUCUCGACGUCGCUAAAGGACAUCAUGUGGAAGUCACAGGAGGAGACCAGCAGAUCUGAUAAGAGUUAAAUCGGCACAAUUGGAGCUGACGAGAAGGAGUUCUAAAAUUAUGACCUUAUACAUAGUACAGUAAAGUACGAAUCUGUAUGAACUUCGUGCUCAUGAAUUUAUCAAAAAAACCUUUGUUCUCAUUAA